AUUGGUAUAAUAGUCCCAAGUCAUGAGUCAACUCAACUCAAUGCGAUGAAAUUGCAAUAUAAAGUAAUAAUUUAAAUUUUGAUGUUGGAGAAAGUACGUCAUAACCUUGGUGCUACCGAUGGCUUCAAUAACGGUGGUGACGGUACCUGACGGCGAUCGCACGCCACUUCUUCAGCCGGAAUAUUCCGGAGGAGGUACGGAAUAUUCUUCAACGCAGUCAUCGGAGGAGCCUCCACCGAAGAAUUCAAAUGGUCCUAAACAACGCCUUGUAUCGCUUGACGUUUUCCGAGGCAUCACCGUUUCGUUGAUGAUACUAGUUGAUGAUGCCGGAAAAGCAUUUCCGUCCAUAAACCACGCGCCGUGGUUUGGGGUGACGCUCGCGGAUUUUGUUAUGCCGUUUUUCCUCUUUGGAGUAGGUGUUUCAAUCAGCCUCGUGUUCAAGAAAGUAGUAAACAGAUUAGCAGCCACGAAGAAAGUAUUAUUCAGAUCCACGAAGCUCUUUCUGUUGGGAGUGAUUCUUCAAGGUGGGUAUUUUCAUGGACGUGACAAUUUGACGUACGGGGUUGAUGUGGAAAAAAUACGUGUGAUGGGUGUGCUGCAGAGAAUUGCAAUCGGAUAUCUGCUAGCUUCCGUUUUGGAGAUUUGGCUUGUUAAUAAUACUGUCGUUAAUUCAGCAGUAGCGUUUGUUAAGAGAUACUCCUUCCAGAUUGGGGCUGGAAUUUUAGUAGGUGUAUUGUACAUGGUUUUGCUGUAUGGACUGCAUGUUCCAAACUGGGCCUUUGAAAUCUCAAGUCUCAGUACGAUCCUACCAACGUCACUUGGAGCUAAUAGUCAAACUGUUCACUGUGGAUUGAGGGGCAGCCUCGAGCCUCCUUGCAAUGCAGUUGGCUUGAUCGAUCGGAUUCUUCUCGGGGAAAAGCAUCUCUAUCAACGCCCUGUAUAUAGAAGAACAAAGGAAUGCAGUGUCAACUCUCCAGAUUAUGGUCCUUUACCGCCAAAUUCACCAGCAUGGUGCCUGGCUCCAUUUGAUCCAGAGGGAAUUUUAAGCUCUUUGAUGGCUGCCAUUACAUGUUUUGUCGGAUUGCAUUAUGGACACGUUCUUGUGCAUUGCAAGGGUCACAUGCAGAGGAUAUUUUUUUGGCUCGUAUCGUCCCUCCCACUUCUGAUCUUGGGUUACCUUCUAAAUAUUUUAGGCGUUCCUUAUUCUAAACCGUUGUACACAUUAAGUUACAUGUUCAUCACAGCAGGAGCCUCUGGUGUACUUAUGACCAUUAUCUACUUUAUUGUUGAUGUCAAAUGCAUUAGAAAGCCAAGUGUAAUAUUUCAAUGGAUGGGAAUGAAUGCACUCGUUGUCUAUGCUCUAGCUGCUUGUGACAUAUUUCCAGCUAUUGUGCAAGGUUUCUACUGGCGUUCACAGGAAAACAACCUGGUUGACUUAUCGGAGAGGCUAUUGCAAUCGAUUUUCCAUUCGGAGAAGUGGGGUACAUUAGCCUUCGUUGUGCUGGAGAUCGUAUUCUGGGGUGCUGUUGCAGGUUUUUUACACAUGAAACGCAUAUAUCUAAAACUUUAAGGUUGUCUACUUGUCCAUAUGUAUAUAUGUAUAUAGGAAAACCCAUAUUACCAGCUGUAUUUAUUAGCAAAUAAUCCAUGUAAAAUAUGAAUAAUAUUAUAUAUACAUGUAUGGUAGGAUGUUAGGAUGUAAAGCCCUCUAUCAAGUGACAAA